AUGGCGCUGCGGCGGCUGCUACUGAGCCCCGCCGAGGGCGGUGGCGUCCCCGACCGCCACGGGACCGAACCCACACUGGGUUCGAGUCUCUGGAGGUAUGACCCGCUCGUCUCGUCCUGGCGCACGCCCCUGAUGGUGGCGCCGCAAGGCGUGGUCUGCACUCGCAAGGUGAUUCGUCAGCGGGGGUCGCACGUGAGCGAGCUGCGCAAGGCGACGGGCGCCGUGAUCGACGUGGAGAAGGACGAGAGCGGCGCGGGCACGGUGACGCUCAGCGGGGAGCCCAUGGCUGUGGACGCCGCGCGCUCGGCCAUCGAGGCUCUGCUUCAUCGCGCUGACUGA